AUGCAAAAUACCAGCCGUGCGGACUUUCCAUGGACCCCCGUCAUUUCCCCAGACGAGAGCCCGCUCCCCGCGCCCGGCGCCAUUUCCCCAGACGAGAGCCCGCUCCCUGCGCCCAGGGCCAUUUCCCCAGACGAGAGCCUGCUCCCCGCUCCCGGCGCCAUUUCCCCGGACGAGAGCCCUCUCCCUGCGCCCAGGGCCAUUUCCCCAGACGAGAGCCCGCUCCCCGCUCCCGGCGCCAUUUCCCCGGACGAGAGCCCGCUCCCUGCGCCCAGGGCCAUUUCCCCAGACGAGAGCCUGCUCCCCACGCCCGGGGCCAUUUCCCCAGACGAGAGCCCGCUCCCCGCGCCCGGGGCCAUUUCCCCAGACGAGAGCCCGCUCCCUGCGCCCGGGGCCAUUUCCCCAGAUGAGAGCCUGCUCCCCGCGCCCGGCGCCAUUUCCCCAGACGAGAGCCUGCACGAGAGCCUGCUCCCCGCUCCCGGCGCCAUUUCCCCGGACGAGAGCCCGCUCCCCGCGCCCGGGGCCAUUUCCCCAGAUGAGAGCCCGCUCCCCGCUCCCGGCGCCAUUUCCCCGGACGAGAGCCCGCUCCCCGCGCCCGGCUGGAUCCAGGGGCCUCUGCUGCUCUUGGACAGAGUUGGGAGGAUCCCCGAGUUAAUGACUGCAUUGGUGUUAACUGGCCUUCUCUGCUGA